AUGCACCCUUCCAUCAGCGUCUUCCCGAACCUCAGUUUCUACGACAGGCAGAUCUUGGACGGCCCCAACGUGACGCAGACGACGCACGAGCUUAGCUACCUUCCAGGCGCGAUGUUCGGGCCAUACUCGUUCAUCAACGUCGACGGCAGGGAAGAUCGCGGCCGCAGCAAGAGGAACAUGGCCGAGGUGGCCGCCAUCCUGGACAUAGUGCGCAGUCUCAAGCAAGGUGCGCAGUCUCAAGCAAGUUUUUCUCUGAACAUUUGCAUGCUCCCAGCUCAUGCCGUGUGGUUUACCGUAAAUGCAGCUUGUGUCAGCGCGGGGCAGGUGGUCAGCGUGGGCGUCAUAUGCCCGUACGCCGCGCAGGUGGAGGCGAUUCGGGGCAGGGUAGGCGACGUGAAGGCGAUGCGGCCACUUGUUCUUCGCGUCAACUCCGUGGAUGGGUUCCAGGGCAGCGAGGAGGACGUCAUCAUCCUCUCCACCGUCAGGUCCAACGCCACGGGCUCCAUCGGAUUCCUCUCCAACCGGCGCCGCGCCAACGUCGCCCUGACGAGGGCAAGGCACUGCCUCUGGAUCCUGGGCAACGCGACGACGCUGAGCGGCUGCGGCUCCAUCUGGGGAGAGCUGGUGCAGGAUGCCGUGGAGCGUCGGUGCUUCUUCGACUGGGACGAUGGUGGCACGAGCACCUAUCCGGCCAUUUCUCACGGCGCUCGCCUGAUCGGGCCUGAACGCGGUGGAGCAGCUUCAACCAGGGGCGGAGCCAGAAAAUUUAGCCAUUGGAUUCAUUUAUUGACUUUGCUGUGAAGAUUUGAUCUAAAUCAAUUAAGUAGAAACAUGUGUACCCAGUGCGGAGCCAGAAAAUUUAGCCAUUGGGUUCAUUUA